CUUGAGACCUGAGUUGAGUUGAGUGAGUUUUUCUACCAAAAAAUAGGAAGAAAAAAAAAAAAGAAGGAAAAGUUGAGUGAGUUUUGGUUCCCUCCUCUCGUACUCCUCUACGGUACCUGAAGAACCCUAACCUUUUCUUUCCAUUUCUUCCUCUUUUGAAGAGAAAACAUCUGACUGGAGAGAUAAGGUCUAAUCUUAUCGUUCCACACAUCAAAAUCAUAUUUGUUCUUCCUACUUUUCUUGGUACAAACUCAUCCCCCACCCGCUUUUUGCUGUGUGUUUCUCCAAUGGGGGACAACCAGAAGGAGGAUCGCAGUGAGAGCAGUGAAUUCACAUCGGAGGACGAAGGGACGGAGGAUUACAGGCGAGGAGGUUAUCAUGCGGUGCGAAUUGGUGAUACAUUCAAGGGCGGCCGCUACGUCGUACAGAGCAAGCUCGGCUGGGGCCAUUUCUCCACCGUCUGGCUCGCUUGGGAUACUCACAACUCUCGACAUGUUGCUCUCAAAGUACAAAAGAGCGCUCAGCACUAUACUGAGGCAGCGAUGGAUGAGAUAACAAUCCUCAAACAGAUCGCCGAGGGGGAUCCUGAUGACAACAAGUGCGUCGUCAAGCUUUUGGAUCAUUUCAAGCACUCUGGACCUAAUGGGCAGCAUGUUUGUAUGGUUUUUGAGUAUCUGGGUGAUAAUCUUUUGACCCUUAUUAAGUACACUGACUACCGCGGGGUGCCUCUCCAUGUGGUUAAGGAAAUCUGUUUCCACAUUUUGGUGGGUUUGGAUUACUUGCAUCGCCAACUUUCUAUUAUACACACCGACCUGAAGCCUGAAAACAUCCUGCUUUUGUCCACGAUAGACCCAGCAAAAGACCCCAGAAAAUCAGGUGCUCCUCUCAUCCUUCCCUCUACCAAGGAUAAAUCCGUCUUUGAGUCUGGGGCUGCCAAGGAUAUUAAGAACUCCAAUGGCGAUUUGACAAAGAGCCAGAAGAAGAAGAUCCGCCGGAAGGCUAAACGGGCAGCUCAAGGUUGCAUGGGGCAGGAAGCUGCUGAGGAAUCCGAACUGGAGUCCAAAAUUGCAGGUGCAGAAGCAACAACCCCUGAUGCAAAAGUAAAUGCCCAUCUCUUGGAAGACCAUUCAGCAACUUCUGUAUUCAAAGAUAAAUCAUUGAGUGCUGCUGAUGCAUUAAAGGAUUUUAGUAAAGAAAGUCAGGUAUGCAAGAGAGGGAGCCGCUCCACAAGGCAGAAACUGUUAGCAUCUGUUGACCUUAAGUGCAAAUUGGUUGAUUUUGGAAAUGCCUGUUGGACAUAUAAACAGUUUACCAGUGAUAUCCAGACAAGGCAGUAUCGGUGCCCUGAGGUUCUCCUUGGUUCCAAGUACUCUACUCCGGCGGAUCUCUGGUCAUUUGCUUGCAUAUGCUUUGAGCUUGCAACUGGCGAUGUUCUCUUUGAUCCUCACAGUGGUGACAACUUUGAUAGGGAUGAGGAUCACUUGGCUCUAAUGAUGGAACUACUUGGAAUGAUGCCACGCAAGAUUGCAUUAAGUGGUCGGUAUUCUCGGGAUUUCUUCAACAGGUAUGGGGACUUGAGGCACAUCCGUCGCUUGCGUUUCUGGCCUCUUAGUAAAGUGCUUGUAGAGAAAUACGAAUUCAGAGAGCAAGAUGCAAAUGAUAUGGCUGAUUUCCUUGUCCCGAUACUGGAUUUUGUCCCUGAGAAACGGCCAACGGCUGCUCAAUGCCUUCUUCAUCCAUGGAUUAGUGCAGGCCCUUGGCUUCUUGACCCUUCCGUUCCUUCUUCUCAAAAUCAGGUUUUAGAUGGUGAUAUUUCUGAGAGGAUGAGGAGAGAGGAUGAUGAAAGGGAGGCAAUGGAGGUGGGUGUGGGAAACAUUGCGAUUGAUGUAGUUCUUAAGCAGGUUAAAGAUCCUCAACCCAGUGGUAAACCCACCAAGGCUGCUGUUCAUUCUUCUAGGUAAUGUUUUGGUGCUAUGUUUUCUUGAUAGAACUCUUGCACAGCUUUUAUCCACAAGAAUUUGGGGUUUAGUGUGGGAUGAUCACUACGCCUAUAGCUUUUGGAUCCAUUGAUGAUUCAAUGGAUGGUGGGUGGGUGUGACCUGGAAACUGUUUGUUCCACUGCAGCUGAAGAUAAGGGGUCUCAUCAUUCUCUACGAUUUUCCAAGAUUUUCCCUAUAAUCUCUGCCAUCUCCUUCCCUCCAUGUACUACAGGUCAGCUUAGGCACUAGUGGUAAACUCCACUACCUUGUUAAACAUAUUUGUCGUGGAGGGAUUUAUCAUUCAUGUAUAACAUUUACACUACAGGAAAAAAUGGAUUUUUUUUUGUGGGGGGGGGGGGGGGGGUGUGAAAUGGGAAUUUCCAUAGUACCAUUUUCACAUUGUGCUAGUUAGUGCAAAGCGCUUUUACUCCUUCGACAAUAAACAGCCAGGCAGCAAGCGUUUGUGUGAUUCUUUGCCCAAUUAUUGACCUGCUUUAUGGAAGCUUGAAAACUUAAAUCUGGUAUUUGUAAUGUUUUUGGUGAGUACUAAUCUUACCUGUGAUAGAUUAAUGAUGAAGUGCGUUCUCAUUGAUAAUGGUCA